UUCCCAGACGAUCGCACCCAACGCCGCGCCGCAGCGCCUCGGCAUCCGCACCGCCCGCAAACAGGGCUCAGUGAGUCUGACAAAAGGUGCAGCCUCCGUCCCGGCGGGCCGCACGCCAGACCUCCCCGCUCGGCCCGCCUCCCCGCGCGGAGAGCCCGCCAGCCGCAGGUAUCCGCGGCCCGCGCCGAGGAAAAUGCACCCGGCCUUCGGCCCCGAGACCUCCGCACACCUGCCCGCAGCUCGAAACCUUGACCUUGAAGAUGGUGAGUAGCCAGCCAAAGUACGAUCUAAUACGGGAGGUAGGUCGAGGUAGUUACGGUGUUGUGUAUGAAGCAGUAAUCAGAAAGACUUCUGCAAGGGUGGCUGUGAAGAAAAUUCGAUGCCAUGCGCCUGAAAAUGUUGAACUAGCCCUGCGUGAGUUCUGGGCACUUAGCAGUAUCAAGAGCCAACAUCCAAAUGUGAUUCACUUGGAAGAAUGCAUCCUGCAAAAAGAUGGGAUGGUGCAGAAGAUGUCUCAUGGCUCUAAUUCUUCCCUUUAUUUACAGCUUGUAGAGACUUCAUUAAAAGGAGAAAUUGCCUUUGAUCCCAGAAGCGCCUAUUACUUGUGGUUUGUGAUGGAUUUUUGUGAUGGAGGAGAUAUGAAUGAGUAUCUGUUGUCCAGAAAACCUAAUCGUAAAACUAAUACCAGCUUUAUGCUUCAACUGAGCAGUGCCCUGGCUUUCUUACAUAAAAACCAGAUCAUCCAUCGAGAUCUAAAGCCUGAUAACAUCCUGAUUUCUCAAAGCCGGUUGGAUACCAGUGACUUGGAACCCACACUAAAGGUGGCUGAUUUUGGUCUAAGUAAAGUUUGUUCAGCCUCUGGGCAGAACCCAGAAGAACCUGUCAGUGUAAACAAAUGUUUCCUUUCCACUGCAUGUGGCACAGAUUUCUAUAUGGCUCCUGAAGUGUGGGAGGGACAUUACACAGCAAAGGCUGACAUCUUUGCACUGGGAAUUAUCAUCUGGGCAAUGCUGGAAAGGAUCACAUUCAUAGACACAGAGACAAAGAAAGAACUCUUGGGGAGUUAUGUAAAACAAGGAACUGAGAUUGUACCUGUUGGGGAGGCACUUCUGGAAAAUCCCAAAAUGGAACUUCUCAUUCCUGUGAAGAAAAAGACUAUGAAUGGGCGAAUGAAACAGCUAAUUAAGGAAAUGCUGGCUGCAAACCCUCAGGAUCGCCCAGAUGCUUUUGAACUAGAACUCAGAUUAGUACAAAUUGCAUUUAAAGAUAGUAGCUGGGAAACGUGACACCUAGGUUAUUUGCAAAUAUCUUGGAUGAUAAUGCUGCUUCUGUUUAAACAGUGAUGCAACAAAAUGUGGCUGAAAAAGCAUAUCAAGAGCUAAAUUCCACCUUCAAAGAGUUUGGAUUUUAUUGUGGGGUGUUCCCCCAACCCCUCGUCUUUUCUUAAGUCCAAGAUGGCCAUUUUGUUAGUAUGUUUUAAAUGUGUAUUACCAAUGUGGUUGUAAAUUUUUUUUAAAUGAUCAUUGGUAGAAGUUUGGCAGGAAAAUUCUCUUAAGAGCCAAGAAGAGAAAAGAGUACAGUUUUCUGGAAAUAUGUCUCUUAAGUAUUUUAGACAUUCCUUGUCAGUAUUAGGAAUUUCCAUGGAAGAAGAGGUUUGCAUGCUGGUAAUGCAACCAUUAAAGCUUUGUAAAGGAAACAUAUAUGUAUAUAUUUAUGUAUAUGUAAGUAUGUGAAUGUGUGCGUUUUGCAUUCCAUUUGAAAAAUGCCACUUCUGUUUAUAUUAUUUGAUGUAGGUUUGGUUUUUGAAAUUUGCUGGUGAAAUCAGUGAUGAGAAAUAAAAGGACUUUUCCUAGUCUUCCUACCCAGUUCCUCCCUCUGAUAAAAUCAUACUUUUUUUUUUAAUUUUUAUAAUAUACAGCUCUUUUUAAGGCAUCAAUUUGGAGGGGCUAAAAUUAUCUGAUUAAACAAAUGAAAUUGAGUAAUUCAAAGCUGCUGAAGUAUGUUUGCACUCUCCGUUGCCCUAUAGCUGCAGGAGUUGAGUUUAGUCAUGCAAUUGUAUGGUAGCAGGUUGGCAAGGAUAUUGAUGAUUCAGCCGUACCUUCAUUAGGUAAGUAACCAAAUGUUCAGGUAACCAAUUAACCACUGCUUUAGUACAUGUCUACACUUGAGCAUCUGUAAUCUCAUAUAAAUCUGAACAAGUCUUAGGUUUCCAAAAACUUUUCUAUAUUUAGUACUUGAUAAUCAAUUCUUAUUUCAAGACUUUCAGCAUCAGCAUAAAGUUGAAGAAACUCAAUGAACUCCACAUUGCCUCCCUUGAAAUGAUCUCUUGUUUAUUCACUGGAAUUUCUUUCGUUUUGACACUAAUGUUUUGUCUAUGUUAACACAGUAAUGGUAGUGAUAUGGUUAUAUUUAAAUGCUCAUCCUCUUUUUCUAAAGUAGGGAUGAUACUAUACAGUUUAGCAAGUGGGUAAAGUAUAUCAGCUAUAUUCUUUAAGGGGAAAAGUUAACCAUUUUAUACAAUCCCUCAGGAUGGUCUUUAAAAACAAAUCAUUCUUAAAGUCAGUUUGACUUUAAUGCUACUUGGUUUUCUCCAGUAUGUUUUCCUGAAAAUGCAAAUAGUUUAAAAUCUAAGGAAGGUUUUCCUAAAACAGAACAUUAGUUUUUAAGGUUAGAUAGACUUUAAGACCAUUGUAUCUAGGUUAAUCUUUGUAAAACACUAGACUAUUUGGUCAAAAAAUAAGGGGUGGGAAAGGAUUAGUAUAUUGAAAUUGUUGAUAGUUUGCAGUCUCCCCAGCUAUUUGAACUUACACAACUCUUGGAAUAUUGCAGUCACAAUUUUUCCUUGUUCAAUAUGUGUUCAGGGACUGUAGACAGUUGGGGGCAGGGGGGGGGAAGCACAAAAAAGAGAAGGAAAAGCUUCCAGGCCACAAUUACUUAAUCUAAAAGUUUCAAGACUAGAUUGAAAUAUUUUAAAGCCUUUUAAACUGGGGGGGAAAAUCAUUCUGACAUCACUUUCAAGCUAAUGUAAGAAAUCUUUUAGAAAUUAGAAGUGGGAAUAUACUGGAACCUCAUGAUAACUGACCCUUUAUAACACAAAUUAGUGUGACAGAGUUAGCUAAGGGCUCAAGUUACUAGAAAUAAGUGUCAUUAUAAUUUCUUGUUAAUAAGUAUAACACUUCAGCAGAGUGGUGAUCCAGGUAACGAUGCCCCAGUGCUUCAUUUGCCUUCCAAAUAACUCUCUAUAUGGAGUUAUGGUUUCCUGCAUAUGUAGUUUUUGGUCCUGCCUCAAUUAAAAUAGUUAGCAAUUAUUUAUUUUGAAAGAUUUUCAUUAGCAUAGGGUGUGAGGCAAUCAGGAAGUUUCUUCUGAAAUUUUCUCAAGUUCUUGUAUUUUUAAAAUAACCUAUGAAUACCAAGCAAAAUGAUAGUAAAUUUUUUUGUCUUUAUUUGUUCUUUCAGUAAAGAGGUAUUUAUUAAGUACCUACUGUGUGCUUAGCACUAACAGUUGAAAAUGACAAUUUAAAAACUGAAGUGGGGCCACAUGCCUUUUCUUUCUCUAAGAGUAAGAAAUGAAAGAUAAGGUAUGAUUCCUGGAAAUUAUUUGGCAUUUGCUAGAAGAAAAAUAAAAGCAAGAAUUUAUGUACAGUGCCUUGUUCAUAAUAGGUACUCAAUAAACAAUUAUUCCUCAUAGAGUCUUGCCGUGGUUUUUAGUGUUUAAUGAAAUUUGUCUUAAUUGAAAAAAGACCAAAUAUUUCAAAUAAGCUUAUAGGCAGCUGUGGCAGGUUAAAAUACAAGAUUGUACAGUUAGUUUCUAGAAUGUUAUUUUGCACUAGUUGUCACUAGAUGGGGUUCCUGUAGAUUUUUGGUGCUAAGGGAUACUUUGUCAUUAUGAUAAAGUAAGUGUUAAGUGUCAGAUAAAUAGCACACCUAGUAGUUCUUCCUUCUGGUCUGUUUUUCUCUUUGUUAUUGCUGUUGUUGUUUUAAUUGUAAAAUGUUUAUCAAUCAAACUGUUGUAGCAGCUACAGAAUAAUUCACCAGCAUGACAGAAUGGUCAAAUGUCAUCAGCACUUCAAAAAUGAGAGCAACUUUUGAAAUUUUCUUUUAAAAUUGUCAAAUAUAUUUUAUGAAGAAUUUAUAAAAGGGGAAAAUGAUUGUAAUUUAUUGUUCAUGACUUUUUUUUUAAUAAAGUGAGUUUCAAAAAAACUAA